GCACUCUUGCAACAGGGGCCCUUCAGGCCUGCCGAGGACCCAGAUCCUCGCAUUCCCUCCUCCUUUACUUCGUUAGUCCUCUGAGAAGUAUGUUACUCUGCAGGCAUCUUCCCUUUGAGUUCUCUUUCGUAGCCUGCAAUCACUUGAGGUGUUGUUCUCACCUCUCGUGUGAACCAGCGAUCUUCUUUAGGAUCCAAAUGAUGUCUGAAUCUCACACGAUACUGCAUUCUUGGUUUAGGAGGGCGGCCUCUGCCUGAUGGUCGAGGUACUGGCAUCACUUGAUGCUCCAGGAUCUCGUCAAUAUCCACUUCGCUAUCCAUGGUUGGGGGCAGCAUUGAUCUUCUUGAGGGAAACUGAUCACUGGCAGCGAAAGGUGCCAACUUGGAGGCAUGGAACACAAGGACCUGCAGCAGGUGCAGAUUCCACUCUUGCUGUAAACAGCAAUGAGGUUGGGACUUCUGCAAGUGCUGCAGCCCCAGGAUCGGAACCAGCUGCUGUUGGUCCCAGCUACGCAGGUCCCUAUGUGGACCGGAAGUUGGUUCAAAUGCCGUCCAAGUACGAUGGCAAAGAAGACAUCGAAUCCUGGAUUGGCUCUAUGCGGGCCUACUUCGAGAUUCUGGGGACUCAAACUGAGACCCAGGCUGUUAUCAUGGGUAUGAAUGUCGAGCCAGUCGUACGGGGCUUCCUAGAAGUCCAAGCAACGCGGGCUGGGUUUCCAAAAGCUGCACUGGCCAAAUGGCUAAGGGCCACCCCGGUUGCCUCCCUCGAAGAACUCCUUACCUCAGAAUACCUAGAUCCACAUGUUGCUGCUAAAGCAAGAAUCCAACUGGAUAAAGUAAAGCACAGCAAGUGGAAUGGCUCCAUGAAAAGCCUGCAGACCUAUCUAAGCAAGUUGUUAGCCACUCCUGGUCUGGAAUUGUCCCCUCAAUCUUGCUUGGAUGUGGUCAAGGGCGCAGUCCCAACUCACUUCACUAGUCGCCUGGGCACGGGCUACAUUGCGUAUACGAACUGGCUCGCCUUAAUGAAGGAUGUAGUCGGUCUGGAGGCCAUGGACCUUGUUAGCACGGCAGGUAGCAAAAAGCCCAUGGGCGGCAGACGGUUCAAGGGCAACAACCGUUUGGCUGUGCAUGACCUGCUGGAGGCUGAAGAAGGAGCCGAUGCGGUUGACCCCACUCUUGGUGACGACCAAGAACAGGACUCCGAUACAGCUUGGAAACCAGAAUCGGGCGUAGAGUCAGACUCGGCAAACUCUACAGCAAGGGAAGCUGGUUCUGUUGACGAUCAGCAGCCCUCCCUUGCAGCCCAACCAUCUGUUGAAGACAAGGUUGCGGCAAGUAACGUAUUGUAUGGUGAGCCUUGGGAGGAGUCCGAGAUGAUUGACUUCCACUACCACUUGGAGCAUUGGCCUGAAAUGAAACAGCAGCGGGCCCAAGGGACAGUGAAGUUAAUCUUCUUUAAGCUUCUCAUCAACCACCACUAUCUCCGUGGUGCUACAGCUAAUUUCAUGUCACCACAUGGGAUACGCAAGGUGGGCUUGGGAAUGAAGCAAGUGGCCCUGCAGAACCCUUGCCGGACCCAAGUUGGCAACAAAGAAGUUGUCUCAUCAACACAUGCGGUCAAAGGUGUGCGCACUACCUUUGACAAAGGUAAGACUGUCACCCAUGCACUGAACUUCUUUGCCCUCGACAAGUGCCCCUUGGACACUGUCCUUGGCUUGGGCUGGCUGCAGUCCCAAUGCGAAUGGACCAAGUGGAAGGAAUCACUCUUCAUGGUCAAAGAUGCUAAGGGGAAUGAGCUUCCUGUCCUCUUGGAUGAGAAGCGCGAAUCCCCAGUGACUUUUCUGAAUGCAUUGAAAUUCUGCAAGAAGUGGCGCAAGCACAAAGAGGAAAAACAAUUGUAUGUUGCCUUUGUUCGUCCUGCUCAUGUGCCUUCUACUUUUGCGGCUAAUACCACUACUACUUCGAUGGAUGAAUCUACUUCUGGCGGGUGCAAGGUCUUCUCCAAGAUCGACCUCAAGUCUGGUUACCACCAGAUUGAAGUUGAUCCUGCGGACCAGCACAAGACCGCGUUCAAAACGCGCGAUGGGUUUUAUGAGUUUACCGUAAUGCCCUUCGGUCUUACGAACGCACCAGCCACGUUCCGAAGCCUCAUGGACAAGGUCCUCCGCGAACAGAGUGGCCGGUUUGUGGUAGUGUACCUGGACGACAUCCUGAUUUUCAGCAAGUCCAUGGAGGAACACCUCGAACAUCUUGAGGAGGUGCUUGCUGUCCUCAAGAAGACGCAGCUCCAUCUCAACUUUGCGAAAUCCGAGUUUGGGAAGGAUAGCGUCAUCUAUCUUGGGCACCGGUUGUCUGUUGCAGGCCUAGAGCCUGAGGCAACCAAGAUUGAGGUCAUACGCGAUUGGCCUCAUCCUGUGAACAUUCGCAAAUUGCGUUCUUUUCUUGGUCUCGCGUCGUACUAUCGAAAGUUUGUACCCCGUUUUUCUAUCAUUGCUCGUCCAUUGUCACAACUAACCAGUAAGAAAGUGUCUUAUUCCUGGGAUGUCGCGUGUUCGGAAGCUUUUCAAGCUCUCAAGGAAGCCUUGGUAAGUUACCCGGUACUCCGCAUUGCAGAUCCCAAACUGACAUUCGUAGUCACUACGGAUGCAAGUCAGUAUGGAAUCGGUGCAGUGCUGCAACAAGAUGACGGCGAUGGCUUGCGGCCACUCGAGUACUACAGCAAACGAAUGCCCAGCGUAAAGGUGGCCACUUCCACUUACAUGCGCGAGCUCUACGCUUUGCGCAUGGCAUUGGAUCACUAGAAACAUUACCUAUUGGGACGCCACUUCAAAGUGUUCUCGGAUCAUGAGACCUUGAAGUGGAUCAAAAUGCAGACUA